CUCAUUAUAUAAAGCAACUGCCAGUGUUUUGCCAUUAAAUUCAUGGCUCAAAUACAAUGAGCGUCAAUACGAGUGCUGCGAAUAAUGGCUUAUUGUUAACCCCAUUACCUCCCGGUGCCGAUAUUAACUCAGCUCAUAGUAACCACAUUAAUAACAAUAAUAGACUACAUAUUCAUAUUAACAAUCACAGUAAUGGAAACACUAAUGAAUUUGUCAGGGAUGUCCAUAAAGCCGGUUGGCUCCGAUACCUGCCAUACGGCGCUGACCGGCCGUCCACAUCGUCAUCGACAGCACCGGGCGCUGAGGAGCACCGCUUUUGGACCAUAUUCUCCAUACACAACGAUACCCAACCCUACAUCGAGUUCUACCAGAAACGACAGCUCACACCCACCACCGGCCAGACACCGGAUCCCCAGUCGGCGCCGGUAUCCACUCACUCGCUACAGCGCUGUCAACACGUGGCGCCGGCCAUAGGCCUGUCCACUGGGGACAAGGCGUUCAACGAGUUCGCCAUAACGCUGGACACGUAUAUCAUACGACUGGUGGCCGAUAGUCAGCACUCAAUGUGCGAUUGGAUAGACAGCCUGCGCUCAAAGCUCCGACAGUUAGACGUACUGCCCGCU